GUUCAUUUUACCGUUCGCACAUAUUCUGUCUUUGUUUAAUUUAAAGUUUAAUCGUAGAUAUGAGGGAGACAAAUAUAAUAAACCCAUUUAUAUUAUAUAGUAUAAAUAUUAUUUGCAAAGCUACGUCCUGAUUUCGGAAAAGUGCUACGCUUUUUGGCGCGUCUGUUGUAUGGGAUUGCUUCUCUAGUUAUUAAACUCAUUGCUAUUAUCGUAGUUAUAGUGAUAUUUGCUCUAUGUUGUUUUUUUAGUAAAGAAAGAACAAUCUCAAGGUAUAAUUGGUUAAUUAUAACUACCGUUCAGUCUCUCUCUCACUACGGGAUGUUGGCAAAUUUUCCGUGUAUAACGGAACGAGUCCAUAUAUAUAAAAAAAAAAAAACAUCAAAGUGUAGUAGUGUACGUCAUAGAGGAAUAAUAAUAGGUUGGGGUAGCGUACGUAUAAUAUUGUAAUCUUUGGUGUACGUACUUGUACUAUAAAACUGAUAUGGUUUAAGAAUGAGUUUAUAUAGUUUUCUUCGCUCUCCACUAAAACGGAAAGGUUUUAAAUUAAUAAGAAAAGCUAUCUAUGGUUACAGAAACUAUUGUUCUAAUAAUGCACUAAUUCUUGGAAUCGAAACUUCUUGUGAUGACACAGGAUGUGCCAUAAUAAACAACCAUGGUAAAAUACUAUCAGAAACUUUAUAUUCUCAAAAUCUUGUACAUCUGAGGAAUGGAGGUAUCAUUCCUGAUGUAGCUCAAGAUUUACAUCGGGCCUGUAUUGAAUCAAUAGUAGCAGAAACAUUAAGUAAAGGUUGUUUAACUAUGGAUAAUAUUUCAGCUAUUGCUGUUACUUUAGAACCCGGGUUACCAUUAAGUUUGGCCGUUGGUAUGAAAUAUGCUAAACACCUGUCACGACGAUAUAGUAAACCCAUGAUUCCCAUCCAUCAUAUGGAGGCACAUGCUUUAAUAGCUAGAAUGCAACAUGAUAUAAAAUUUCCUUUUUUAGUUCUUUUGAUAUCUGGAGGACACUGUCUUUUAGCUGUUGUGCAAGAUGUCAAUAAAUUUAAACUUCUGGGAGAAAGUAUGGAUUGUGCUCCAGGAGAAAUAUUUGACAAAAUUGCAAGAGAAAUGAAAUUGAGAAAUUUACCUGAGUAUUCUAAAAUCUCAGGUGGGGAAGCUAUUGAAUUAGCCGCUUCAAAAGCAAACAAUCCCCAUAUGUUUCAAUUAUCUUUACCACUGACUGAUUACAAAGAUUGUAAUUUUAGCUUUAAUGGUUUGAAAACAUCCGUUUUUUAUCACAUUCACAGAAAAGAGAAGGAACAUAAUAUUGUUGCACACAACUUAAUACCAGAAAUUAAUGACCUUUGUGCUGCAACAUUAAUGACAACAACAAGACAUUUAAUUCACAGAACUCAAAGAGCUAUGGAGUUUUGUUAUUUAAAAAACUUGAUACCUGAAAAUAACAAGCAGUUGGUAAUAUCUGGUGGAGUUGCUUGUAACAAUUACAUUUUCAAUAACUUAACAGCACUUUGUAAUGAAUUUAAAUAUAGAAUUUUUAGGCCUCCUCCAAGACUUUGUACAGACAAUGGAGUUAUGAUAGCUUGGAAUGGUGUAGAGAAGUGGAGAAAAAAAAUUGAUAUAGUAACUAAGCUAGACUCAUUAGAUAUCAAGUCUGUCAGCCCUUUAGGUGAAAGCCUAAUUCCAGAAGUUAAAGCUUCCAAUUUAAAAACUAAACUUUUAAAAAUAAAGCAAUCAUUAUAAAUUUUAGAACUUUUACUCUUAUAAUAUCCUUUUACUUAAAUUUUUUACUGACAGACGAAUUUAAAUCAUUAUUGAUGAAUUGAUGAUUGUUUUUAUUUUGCAAUAAUACUUUAAAAUUUGCAAAAAUUUUGGUAUAACAUUAGGGAUGUCAUUGAUUAGGGAGCUGAACAAAUUGA